AUGGCCCAGUUCCGCAGCAGGCGCAAGAGGCGACAGACGGUGAUUCGGAUUCUUCUCUUCGCCUUCGCCUUUGCACUCUGGUAUCAUGCCGUUGUCGGCUGGACGGUUGCACUGUUGGCUGGGGAUAGUCUCCAGGGCGACCCCGGGGCCGCGAGAAACGCUACCUUGGCCAUCAAGCGCGAACAUGGCGUGAUGGGGGUCAAUUUGACAGGUCGAACGAUUGAGACUGUUCGUGACGUGCCUAAGGUCGAUACCGUCACCGGGGAAUGGGAGCGAAACGCUCAAAAGUCAUUGCAGCGUCCAGCAGGGCCGAAGGACAGUCAAAGACCCAACAAGGAGAUAGUCGAUUCGGAAUCGUCGAAUCUCCAGCUGGCGCUUCGUCGUGUUCUCGAGCUAUUGCCUGAUGAAUUACGCAUUCGCGACUUACUCCGACCUAUCCAGGGCUUUGGAGAAGAUAGGAUCCUCGAACUGGGCUUGCGGACGCGCUCGUUCAAAUCGCUUCUGGAACCGUGGGAAGCUCUUCAUCUAGUCUCUCGAGAUGAUCAGCAUUAUGUUCGCGAUGAUAUUAUACAAUACCUACGCAAGCAUCCGGAGAUCAUUGACAGUCUCAAGAUGCCCCUGUCCCAGGUUGUCCGGUCGUACGAAGCAUAUCGCUCGCUGAUCACUGGUCUCUCGACUCUCUUGUUUCCUUGGACCGCUCCGUACUAUGCGGACCAUAUGACCUUGCACGUGCAGCUCUUCAACGGUGGCCGCGGAAUCGUCUUCACGGCAGGAGACCAUCAUGCCCCGUUCCUGAUGACCUCCAUCCCUGCCCUCCGACAGCUUGGUUGCGAUCUACCUAUCGAGAUCAUGUACCUCGGAGAGUCGGAUCUAAGCGAGGAUGUCCGCGCACACCUCGAAUCCCUCCCCGGCGUGGUCACUAGAGAUCUCAGCCAGAUGGUAAACGACGCAGGAUGGACACUGACCGGGUGGGCGGGAAAGCCGUUCGCUAUUCUUCUUUCCAGCUUCCGAGAGGUCAUCUUCAUCGAUGCGGACUCACUGUUCUUUCAGAACCCAGCGGUCUUGUUCCGCGAUCCCUCAUACGUGGAAACAGGCGCUUUGUUCUUCAAGGAUCGCCUGAUGAUGCCGGAAUCGAAGAAACGCUGGUUGCAGCGGAUCCUACCCCGACCCAUCUCGAAGCAUGUCGCCCAGAGUCGGUUUUGGACGGGAGAAAGUGGUCAUAUGCAGGAGUCGGGGGUUGUGGUUGUGGAUACGUGGAAACAUUUCGUGUCACUCUUGCUGGUGACCAGGUUGAAUGGACCGGAUCGAGAUGGCAGUCCUACUUAUGGUAGAGGGGUUUAUGAUAUGGUUUAUGGCGACAAGGAAACCUUUUGGCUUGGUUGGGAACUGGCCGGCGACACAUAUUAUGACUUCCACGACGGCCACGCGGGCAUCAUGGGAAGUAUCGAGCCACCCUUACCAUCUUUGACGGCAAAUUCUACCGCCGACAGUCUCCCUUUAAACUACACAAUCUGUGGUCCUCAGCUUCUCCACUUUGAUCGGCGCGGGAAACCACUCUGGUUCAAUGGCUGGCUGGCGUCCAACAAAUUUGCCGAUUGGGAACAUCAGCAACCAAGUAACUUCACUGCCUACCUGCAUGAACCGCGGACGAUGCGCGAUCCCGGGGCCUGGCAGCUCCAUGGAAACAAUAUUUGCUGUCUGACGUCGGAGCAUCUAUUUGAUUUCACUCGCAGUGAAACGGACACGCUGGAGAUGAUGGUUGACUUUGGUAGAAGGGCCGGGGCUCUGGGAAGGUUGGAAGGCAUGAGUGGUUCGAUAUGA